GACGAUUUCAACCUGAAGUUGUUGUAAUUCUAGCAAUGGAGAAAGACGCAGAUGGAUUUUAUACGCCAAAGACAGAACCACCUGCACUUCCAGCUGCGCCAACAGCACCACCAGCCACUGUGGUUAAGCCUGAAGAUGAACCCGAGGCUAAGCCAUCUCCUGAAGCCAGUACAUCAGACAACACUGAACUAAUAAAAUCUACGUUUGAGGUCACGGUUACACUUGCAGAUCAACAGGCCGAUCCAAAAUCUCCAUUAUUCAGUGCUAAAACAUUCGAGGAGCUUGGCUUACAUCAGGACCUUUUGAAGGGGUUAUAUGACCUAGGGUUCUCUAAACCGUCGAAGAUCCAGGAACGUGCUCUGCCUUUACUACUUGCGAACCCCCCCCAGAACAUGAUUGGUCAAUCUCAGUCUGGAACAGGGAAAACAGCAGCAUUUGUUCUUACCAUGCUUAGCCGGAUCGAUUUCUCCAAAAACAAAACACAAGCGUUAUGUCUCGCCCCAUCACGAGAACUUGCCCGACAAAUAAUGUCAGUGGUAGUAGCGAUGGGCAAAUUCACCCCGGUCCAAACGGAAUAUGCUAUCAGAGAUAAUCUCCCCAAAGGCGCCACCCGGAUUACCGCUCAUGUAGUUGUAGGGACACCAGGGAAGAUGAUAGAUCUUCUCAAGAAAAAGAUCAUUGACCCAUCAGAGGUCAAAGUUUUUGUUCUUGACGAAGCCGACAAUAUGCUUGACCAGGAUGGCCUUGGGGAACAGACUCUUCGGGUCAAAAACUUGCUACCGCGUGCAUCACCAGUCCAAAUCAUUCUUUUCUCCGCUACUUUCCCUGAUCAUGUCCGGAUGUUUGCCAGCAAGUUUGCUCCUAGUGCGAACAAGAUCGAACUUCAAAAAGAGGAGCUAUCGGUCGAUGGGAUUCGUCAAUUCUACAUGGAUUGCAGAAAUGAAGAUCAUAAAUACGACAUACUGGUAUCCCUAUAUCAGUUGCUUACGAUAGGUCAGAGCAUCAUUUUCUGUCAGCACCGACAUACAGCGGACCGAAUCUCGCAGCGAAUGACGGCGGAAGGUCACAAGGUCGCAUCUCUUCAUGGCGCUAAAGAUGCUGCAGAACGCGAUUCUAUCAUUGAUAAUUUCCGUGAGGGACGUGAGAAGGUCCUCAUCACGACCAAUGUUAUCGCCCGAGGAAUUGAUAUUCUCCAGGUCAACAUGGUCGUCAAUUAUGACCUGCCGCUUAUGAAUGAGCGGUCCAAUGCCGAGGAUGCCAGGCCUGAUAUUGAAACAUACAUUCAUCGUAUUGGCCGGACGGGUAGAUUUGGACGUAAAGGAAUAUCAAUAAAUUUCGUCCAUGACAAGAGGACAUGGCUGCAGAUGGAGGAAAUUGAGAAGGUUCUUGGGAAGAAGAUUAUUCGCAUUGAGACUAAUGAUUUGGAUGAAAUGGAGGAGAAAAUGAGAAAAGCUUUGAAAUGAGCAGAAGAGUGUGCUGUCCAUCUCCUUUUGUAACGCCUUUGUGUUGAAAGAUUCUAAUGAUGUCAUCACGACUUAUCGGUAUACUACCUCCGUUAGUUUC